CGGCAGAUCAACAAUACAACUCCCCCCAGCAAACAUGGCGCAAGUAAUAGCAAACUCCGGUCACGAUGACAUGAUUCACGAUGCAGUUCUGGACUACUACGGCAGAAGGCUGGCCACAUGCUCGUCCGACAAGACGAUCAAGAUAUUCGAGGUUGAGGGCGAGUCCCACAGGCUCACCGAGACCCUGAAGGGACAUGAGGGAGCAGUGUGGUGUGUCGCAUGGGCGCACCCCAAGUACGGCAACAUCCUCGCGUCGGCCAGCUACGACGGCAAGGUCUUCAUCUGGCGCGAGCAGGCCGGCCAGUGGCAGCGGGUGCACGUGUCUGAGCUGCACUCUGCGUCCGUGAACCUUGUUUCCUGGGCACCGCACGACGCAGGCUGCAUCCUCGCGUGCGCCUCCUCGGACGGCAACGUCUCUGUCCUCGAGUUCCGCGACGGCGCCUGGGGCCACCAGAUCCUUCCCGCGCACGGCUUGGGCGUCAAUGCCGUCAGCUGGGCCCCUAGCAUUGCUCCCGGUGCUAUCGCCAGCGCCCAGCAGGCGCCUGGCCCGCUGAGGAGGUUUGUCACCGGUGGUAGCGAUUGCUCCGUCAAGGUCUGGGAGUGGAGCGCUGAGUCCAGCACGUAUGCUUGCGUGAGCACACUGUCUGGCCACACCGACUGGGUCCGUGAUGUCGCUUGGUCGCCCACUGUUCUUUCCAAGGCGUAUAUCGCGUCUGCUUCCCAGGACAAGACUGUCCGCAUCUGGACCAGCACCAACCCUUCUCUCGGUGAUUGGCAAUCUACUACCCUUAACUUCGAUGCCGUUGCCUGGCGUGCGAGCUGGAGCUUGAGCGGCAACGUUCUGGCCGUCAGCACUGGUGACAACAAGGUCAGCCUGUGGAAGGAGAAGCUCACUGGCGGAUGGGAGUGCAUUAAGACUAUUGAGGAAUGAGCGGGGUUCUUUUCGAUCUAGACGCCAUUGUAAAAGAAGAGCAUCCUAGCCUAUGCUUGCAGCGAUGUGAGCAGCGCCGAUACGAUACGAGAGCCGGCUUGAGGGCGCUUCCUUGAAGAAGUUGCUUAUCGAGAGAUGAAAAGGUUGUGACAUGAGAUACCUAGUUAAGCACGUAGGACGAGGGAAUUUCAAAGGAUGG